AUGGACACCGAUGAUGGUGAAUCUUCCAGCAGUGGACCUAUGUCGAGUCUGAAUAGCCUUUUCUCCUUCACAAGUCCCGCAGUAAAGAAAUUGCUCGGUUGGAAACAGGGUGACGAGGAAGAAAAAUGGGCAGAGAAGGCCGUAGACAGUCUGGUGAAGAAAUUAAAGAAAAGAAAAGGUGCUAUUGAGGAACUUGAGAGAGCUCUGUCUUGUCCAGGAACACCAUCAAAAUGUGUCACUAUCCCCCGGUCACUUGAUGGACGAUUACAGGUAUCCCACCGGAAGGGGCUCCCGCACGUGAUAUACUGCAGGGUGUGGCGCUGGCCCGACCUGCAGAGCCACCACGAGCUGAAACCGCUCGAGAUCUGCCAGUACCCGUUCAGCGCCAAGCAGAAGGAGGUGUGCAUCAACCCGUACCACUACAAGAGGGUCGAGAGCCCGGUGCUGCCGCCCGUUCUGGUGCCCCGGCACUCGGAGUUCGCCCCGGGCCACUCGCUGCUGCCCUUCCAGAGGACGGCCGAGCCGGCGAUGCCCCACAACGUGUCCUACUCCGGCUCGGGCUUCCCGCCGUCCGCCUCCUCGGAGCUGCCCGACACCCCCCCGCCCGCCUACUCGCCCCCCUCGGACGAGACGGAGCCCCCCGGCGAGGUGGCGCCCGUCUCCUACCAGGAGCCCCUCUACUGGGCCUCCGUCGCCUACUACGAGCUGAACUGCCGCGUGGGCGAGGUGUUCCACUGCAACUCGCACUCGGUCGUGGUGGACGGCUUCACCGACCCCUCGAACAACAGCGACCGCUUCUGCCUCGGCCAGCUGAGCAACGUGAACCGCAACUCGACGAUAGAGAACACGCGUCGGCACAUCGGCAAGGGCGUGCACCUGUACUACGUGGGCGGCGAGGUGUACGCCGAGUGCCUGUCCGACGCGGCGAUCUUCGUUCAGAGCCGCAACUGCAACCACCACCACGGCUUCCACCCGUCCACCGUGUGCAAGAUCCCGCCCGGCUGCUCGCUGAAGAUCUUCAACAACCGCGAGUUCGCGCAGCUGCUCUCGCAGAGCGUCAACCACGGCUUCGAGGCGGUGUACGAGCUGACCAAGAUGUGCACCAUACGGAUGUCCUUCGUGAAGGGCUGGGGCGCGGAGUACCACCGCCAGGACGUGACGUCGACGCCCUGCUGGAUCGAGAUCCACCUGCACGGGCCGCUGCAGUGGCUCGACAAGGUGCUCACGCAGAUGGGCUCGCCGCACAACGCGAUCUCCUCGGUGUCC